CGUCACUCCACCCUCUUCAGUCCUCCCCCCCCCCCCCCCCCCCCCCCCCCCCCCCCCCCCCCCCCCCCACCCCCCCCCCCCGUCAAACGCUAACACUGUCGACGCGGGUUACGCCGUUAGAUUGGAUGCUUUCCUUCCUCAACUCACCCUCUUUCUCUCUCUCUUAUAAUCAUCCAUUCUUCUCCCACCACUAAAUUUUUCUCUCUCUCUCUCUCUCUCCCGUUGAAUUUCCCUUUUUUCCUCUCUUCCAACAAAGGCGGUCUUCGCCGUGGUUAACUUUCCCCUUUCAGAUCUGAACGCCGGAAAAAGAAAUCAAUAAUCAUAGACACAGAUUCAUUCUCAUGUCGUCGCCCAGACCUUCCUACUGGUGCUACCGCUGCAACAGAUUCGUCCGAGUGUGGAGCCAGGCGCAGCAAGACGACGAUCCAGUUUCGUGCCCCAAUUGCGAGACCGGGUUUGUGGAGGAGAUCGAGCAUCCUCCUCAGAUGACUCCGACGGAGACGCGCCCCCAACGCCGGGGCUUCCCGGCGGCUAUGUUCAUGCCGGAGCAGAGAAGAGGCGGGGUCCGGGGAGGAGUCGGUGGAAGGCGGAACGGUGGCGGAGGAGGGGACAGAUCGCCGAUUAAUCCGGUCAUCGUGCUCCGCGGCGGAGCGGACAGUGGGAGCCAGAGUGGGAAUAGCUUCACUAGUACCGGCAACGGCGGCGAGAGCGGAGGAGGCGGAGGCCGUGGAUUCGAGUUGUAUUACGACGACGGCGCCGGUUCUGGAUUGAGGCCGCUGCCGCCGAGCAUGUCGGAGUUUCUGCUCGGAUCUGGAUUCGAGCGGCUGCUGGACCAGUUGUCGCAGAUCGAAUUGAACGGGUUGAGUCGGUACGACCAUCCCCCGGCGUCGAAGGCGGCAAUCGAAUCGAUGCCGACGGUAAUCAUCAACGAGAGGCACACCUCCACGGAGUCUCACUGCGCGGUGUGUAUGGACGCUUUCGAGAUCGCAUCGGAGGCCCGGGAAAUGCCGUGUAAGCAUCUCUACCACUCCGAUUGCAUCCUCCCCUGGCUCUCUCUCCGCAAUUCGUGCCCUGUCUGCCGCCACGAGUUGCCUGCUGCGGACGAAGACCGAUCCGUCAGCGAGCAGGGCACGAGCGAGACCGGCGAGGAAGAAGCGGUCGGGCUGACGAUCUGGAGGUUACCGGGCGGCGGGUACGCGGUGGGGCGGUUCACUGGAGCCAUGAGGGGAGAAAGGGAGCUCCCGGUUGUCUACACAGAAAUGGACGGCGGAUUCAACAACAGCAACACCAACGGAGGCUUGCCUCGGCGGAUCUCGUGGGGAUCGAGAGGGAGCCGAACCCGGAGGGACAACAUCGGUGCCGGCAGCGGCAGCAACCGCGGCGGGGUGCUUGGCCUGGGCCGGGUUUUCCGUCACUGGUUUGCUUGUUUCGGCAUGGGGGAGAGCUCAGCUUCGAGAUCUAGACGGAUGAGCAGUCGGUCGCCGUCUUUCAUCGUGACCACUUCGGCGACGAGGAUAAGUCGGUGACCGGGGGUCAAACUGUGGGGCAGGAUCAGGAAAGGCGGCGAAGUCGCGUGAAUUCGGCCGGCAGUUAUCUGUAUGUAUAUAUUUUUCUAAAACGUUGGGCCUCUAUUAAACACAUGGAAAUGGAUUUAUAAUGUUGUCGACGGCGAUACUGAAGCUUCUGGUCCGGUGGGCGACUGCUGCCGGGAAUAGGAACGGAAUCCAUCGGUAGUAAGAACGAUGGAAGAUUAUUUCGGAACAUUGAUUACAGAAAAUUAUUUCCCGUUGCUUGAUUUUUGGGGAGGGAUGAAUGAACCAAAUUUGAUUUUGUCUUUGCUAAUUAUUUUGUAAUCUUGUAGCCUAAUUAAGUUCUUUUACUUGGGGUUAUCAAUCGAAGCAUUUUGCUGUUAGUUCAUAAGAAUUGCAGAACUGAACUGGAUGGGUAGAAUUGUGGUAUAGUGGGGGUGGGGUGGAUCAUGUUCGUUUGCUGGUUCUGGGUUUUGUCUGUUUGGUUAUGGGUUAUGGGCCCUGGGCCCUUUGGAAAUGUCGAAGGCCAGAACCUGCGGCGGCCCAGAUGGGGAAAGCAUUUGCAUUAGGGAGCUUUCAAGUUUGCUGGCUGGCAUGUGGGGUAGGGUACCCUACCUUUGCCCUUCAAUAAUACAAGGGAAGGGAUAUUGGAAUAUUGAAAUGGAAGGGGAGCGUCCUACUGUUUUUUUUUUUUUUUGUGGAAAAGAUUAAGCUAUGUGCCUGGAUUCCAUCCCAAUUAUUCGCAUUUUAUGUCAACGAUUGGUUGAUUUCUUAAUUUUGAUAUAUUUUAGUCUUAUUUUAAGUAUUAACUAUUAAGUAAGCAAAUAGUUGAUCAAUCAUGUAAAUCAAGUUUUGUGAACAUUUUCUAUCUAUCGACAAAUUUUGUGAACAUAAAAGCAUCUUUACGUUCCGCACCUGCAACUGUAUCAAACUGAGAGGAAGCUGAACAAAUACUAAACACAUGUCAAUCGGGCAGGCAGAUCGAACACAAGAUCUAUUAUCAUCAAAUAUAGACUUUACAGGAAU